AUGCUUGACCAGCUCAAUCCUCCUCGGUUUCAUCAAUACCUGUCGUACAUAUUAACUUGUUCUCAAGUUGUCAUCAGGUUAAGGAUUAGCUCAACUCAACCCGUGAUCUCCGCCGCUGUCUCUUCCAGACUGCCAGGUAUUCCAGUAAUCACCCUUGACCCCGGCCGCCAAAAAGUCGUGCUUGCUAACCUGAUGGCUUCCGACGAGACGAUGAUCCUCCCCGACCCGUCCCUGUUAAAGGAAGAAGAGGCCCACACAUCCCUUUCCCUCAUCAGCUUCGUCGCCCCGCCCCAACCCGAGGUAGUGGGAUAA